CGGAAAUUUCAGCAGAUUGCACAUCCCUGAUCACGUUGGUAGGUUGCGUAAUUCUCUUUCUAAUAUUUACUCACGCCAGAAACUGCGAAUUAGAUCAUUCGAUUUUUGCUAAGCGUCCAGUGUUCUUCAGUGCAUGUGCAUCUGUUUUAAAUUCUACUGCCUAAACAAUGCCUCGUCAAGGAAGAUCACGUGCUGCUCCUGCCAGGGCAGCACCUGCUAGAGCUUCUCCUCCUCCUGCUGCCAGGGCUGCUCCUCCUCCGAGUGUUCCAGCUCAUGCGCCCCAAGCCCACCCCCCUGCACCUAUGCAGCAAAUGCCCCAACAACCAUCAAUGUUUGCCCAGAUGGCAGCCACCGCUGGAGGUGUUGCUGUUGGUUCAGCUAUUGGACAUGUUGCAGGACAUGCUCUCACUGGCAUGUUCAGCGGAGGAUCAUCUUCUGAAGCUGCCCAGCCUGUACAGCAACAAGCAGCUGCUCCUCAACAAUAUGGAGCUGCUCAGCCUCAAGAGCCCACUGGACCUUGUGCAUGGGAAAUUAAACAGUUUCUUGCAUGCUCACAAAACCAGAGUGAUUUGACUUUGUGUGAAGGAUUUAAUGAGGCACUUCGGCAGUGCAGACAGAGCCAAAGUACCUACAUGUAAAAAGGAAAAACCAACCCAUGGGCCAUGAUCCUGAAAAUGAAUUAAAGUAGACUAAUAGUAGAUCACAUAACGAUCUCCGUUAGUAAUAAAAUUGGUGGUUUCACAAUUGAAA